AUGUCUCUGGCCGAUAAGAUAGCCGAGGUUGAGGCGGAGAUAGCGCGCACCCAGAAGAACAAAGCGACAGAGUUCCACAUCGGCCGCCUCAAGGCCAAGUUGGCCCAGCUCCGCCGUGACCUGAUAGGGACAACCACCAAGAGGGGUGGCACCGGGGGGAUAGGGUUUGACGUGUCUAAGACGGGCCAUGCGCGCGUUGGCCUUGUUGGCUUUCCGUCUGUUGGAAAAAGUACCCUCCUGACAAAGCUUACUUCAGCGAAGUCUGAGGUGGCUGAGUAUGAGUUCACAACGUUGACAGCGAUUCCAGGGACCUUUGUCCAUAAGAACACUAAGAUACAGCUUGUGGACUUGCCUGGGAUAAUCGAAGGUGCUGCAGACGGCCGGGGUAAGGGUCGUCAAGUAAUAGCUACAGCUCGCACUUCCGACUUAAUCCUGAUAGUCCUGGACGCAACAAAGUCCUUAGCAAUGAAGCGCAAGAUAGAGAGGGAGCUUGAAGGCUUUGGAAUACGACUUAAUAAGCGCCCUCCCUUGAUCAAGGUGGACAGGAAAGACAGAGGUGGCAUCACCUUCUCGAUUGGGAUACCUGGAGGUGAAGAGCUAAAGAAUCUCUCAGAAGCUCUUGUUACUUCCAUCCUCAGCGAGUAUAAAAUCCACAAUGCAGAUGUCACUAUUCAGGAUGCAAACGUCACCGUCGACGAUCUCAUUGACGUAAUAGAAGGCAAUCGUGUCUACAUGCCGGCGCUCUAUGUGGUCAACAAGAUAGAUAGCAUCACCAUAGAGGAGCUGGAUCUCUUUGAUGAGCUUCCAAACUGGGUACCCAUUUCCAGUGAGCACGAGUGGAAUUUGGAUGAGCUUCUUGACAGAAUAUGGGAGAAGCUGGGCAUCAUACGCGUUUAUACAAAGCCGCGCGCUGGAAAGGUUGACUUUGAGGAGCCAGUCAUCAUCCGAGUUCGCAAAGAAGAGCCGACGGUUGAGACAUUCUGCCGUCAUAUCCACAAGGAGAUACUCAAUCGGAUGAAGUCGGCGAUUGUCUAUGGAACCAGUGCAAAACAUUUGGGGCAACAGGUGGGAAAGGCCCAUGUCCUUCACGACGAAGAUGUUGUCACUAUUUUGACUAGUUGA